AUGGAUUUUGAAAGUCCUGAUGUAGAGAAGGAUUUCCCAGGCUUAUAUGCAUCUGAGAGUGGCAGAAAAAGCAAUGAAAGCGAUUUCAGUGAUGGGGCUGAACAUGAGAAGCCAAGUAAAAAAGACUUAUUAGGAAGACGGAAAGAUAAAAAAGAGUCCAAAAAAGAUAGAGGUUAUGCUGCACUUGAAGGAGAAAGCUCACCAGAAGAGGACACAGAUACUAAAAGUCCAUCAAAAUCAAAAAAGACUAAAUCCUUCAAGUUCCCAACAAAGAGUAAGGAGAAGCGUGAGAAAUCUCGUGAUAAAGAAAAAGUCCUGGAAGACGCGAUAAAACAAAAAGAACUGAGUGAAAAAGAAAAAAAGAAAGAAAGAGAGAGGGAGAAGGAGAGGGAAAAGGAGCGUGAGAAAGAAAAAAAAGAAAAAGAAAAGCGAGAGAAGCUGCGCGAAAAAGACAAGAUAAAGGAGAAAGAAGAAAAAGCGAAGUUCAAACUCGAAUCUAAGGAGAAGUUAAAGGAUGAGAAAAAGGAGAAGGGUAAAGAUAAAGAAAAGGAAAAGGUAAAAGAAAAGGAAAAGGAGAAAGUUAAAGAAAAGGAUAAAGAUAAAAAGGAUAAGAAAUUAACGAAGGUGCCUUCGACAGUGACUUCGGGAAUACCUUUUGAAGAAAUAUUUACAUUAGGAGUGGCACUUCCAAUAUUUGGCGUCCCGCUUCAACAGUCUGUGGAACGGUCUAGAUGUCACGACGAUACCAGUCUGCCUCUGGUUGUGAGAGAUAGCAUCGAUUAUUUACAAGCUAAUGGUAUAAAAUCUACCCAAAUCUAUCGUUCGGAGCCAGACAAGAUAAAGUUGCAACAACUGAAGAAACUAUUUACAGAUAGGGGACCUACAUUCCCUUAUCAUUGGGAUGUUCCUGUGGCCUGUGCUAUGCUUAAAAACUUUAUUAGUGAACUACCAGACUCUAUUCUGACGCAAGAGCUACAUGGUCAGUUCGAACAAGUGACGGCGAUUGCCGAGCCACAACGUGAAACUACAAUGUUAGCUCUCAUUGGCAAACUGCCGGCUCCCAACUACAGCUUGCUGGGAUGGCUUAUGAGACACUUUGAGUGCGUCGUGGCCAAUGAACAGAUAAAUCAUGUGAACAUACAAACAAUAGCGACCAAUAUGGGACCUGCACUGAACAUGUCUUUGAAUCUACUCACAUAUUUCAUCAGUAAAGCUGAAAAACUGUUCCCCGACGUUCAUCUCUCCAAAUAUGUACCGCCUCUAGCAUCGAUUCCAGCCGAUUUCCCAGACUCGGCUCAGGCGAUUAGCUUAGAACUACACAAACAAGAGUCGCUACUGAACCAGAUACAUGCUGAAAUGCACGCUGGCUUCAUCACGCCGGCCAGAGACCAACAGCUUUGGGAAGCACAGAGGAUCGUCACACAACUUAAGAGAAAACUCCGUUCUGUCCAGAAAUCCGUGGAACCUCACUCUUUACAACAACAUCAAAUAUCUGUAGACGAGAAACAACCGGACGAAGAACCGAUCCGAAGACUAUCACAAUCACAACCACAGCCUCAGCCAAAGUCCACCACACCACAGGACACAGAUACCAAAACACCAAACGAACCAUUACCUAACCAAGAAGUAAAAGAAUCACCGAACGAUCCUACUUUUGAAGCCGAAUUCGAGGAUAAUUUCGAUAAUUUCAAACCCGAAAAAGAAGUUUCAGAACAGGAACCCCCUCCUGCAGAAUCUAUUAAAGAAAAACCUAAACUAACGGAAAAGGAAUUAAAAGUGUUAAGGCUUGAAUUGGAAAACGCUGAAUAUUUGCAACUAAAGUCGUUAUUACAAGCUAAAAUUAAUUCAGAACAGUUUGAAAUCGUCAAACUAAGAAGCGCAGUUGCUUUGAAAAAUAAGCAAGAAGGAAGUCAGUGUACCAAAGACAGCAAAGAGUGUAAUUCUCAAGAUGAACAGGAACUGAGACAAAAGUUAAUCAAGGAGAAUGCAUUACUCGAACAGAAAAGACUGAAUUUGAUCAACCAAAUAUUCCAAGAAAGAGUGGCGUGCAUACAGUUGAAAAUUGAGCUCGCUAUGAAAGAAAUAUUGUCUAAAUCGUAA